GGUCCUUCCACACCCAGCUGGGGCAAGUGUAGUGCGUGAGGAGAAUGGGACUCCAGGUCCCAGAGGGGCGGGCACGGGGUCCCCACUCUAGGGCCGAGGGAACUGGGUGCAAGGUCCAGCAAGAGUUCUGGGGAAAGGACGUCAGGGUUCUUAGAAGGGGAGAUGACUGUUCACAGUCAUUGGGGCUCACGCAGGAAGCCUGGGGGAGCAGGAGGCGGAAACGCACCCACAUCAAGGGCGGCAGGGCGAGGUGUUGGAACCCGGAGGCGGGCUGGGAAAGAGCUGCGGGGUGCGGAUCCGAGGCCCGCUCUUCUGUCCCUCCCAAGACCCGGCCACAGGCAUGUGGGGCCCCUGGCAGAGAUGACAGUGCUGGCGCCAGCCUGGAGCCCAACUUCCUCACUGUUGCUGCUGCUGUUGCUGCUGAGCCCUGGUUUACGUGGGACUCCAGACUGCCACUUCAGCGACAACCCCAUCUCCUCCACCUUCGCCUUCAAGAUCCGCGAGCUGUCUGACUACCUGCUCCAAGAUUACCCGGUCACAGUGGCCUCUAAUCUUCAGGACGAUGAGCACUGCAGAGCCCUGUGGAGCCUGCUCCUGGCACAACGCUGCAUGGUGAAGCUGAAGGCUGUAGCAGGGUCCAAAAUGCAACUGCUCCUAGAGGCGGUCAACACGGAGAUCCAUUUUGUCACCCUGUGUGCUUUCCAGCCCCUCCCCAGAUGUCUUCGCUUGGUCCAGACCAACAUCUCCCACCUCCUGCAGGACACCUCCAUGCAGCUGGCUGCUCUGAAGCCCAGGAUCACCAGAUGGAAUUUCUCUCGGUGCCUGGAGGUGCAGUGCCAGCCUGACUCCUCCACGUUACUGCCCCCAAAGAGUGCUGGAGCCCUGGGGGCCACAGCACUGCCACCCGUUCGGUCCCCGCAGCUGCUGCUCCUACUGCUGUUGCCUGCUUCCCUCCUGCUAUUAGCUGCUGCCUACUGUCUACACUGGCGGAGGUGGAGGACGCCCCGCUCUCGGCAGCUGGUGCCCCCCAUCUCUCAUUCCCAGGCUGUGAUGCUUACAGAGUGUUGAUUCACCCAGGGCCUGGUCUAGGGAACACUGAGGCUCUGCAAGAGGAGUCACUUGCCAAAGGAUGUGGAGCUUGGACAGGCAGGAGGCUGACCCAUUCCCAGGCACUUCUGUCCCUCUAGGGUGGAGGCAGCAUCAGAACCCAGCAUGAGCCCCACCCAUUCUCCUCUGUAUAAA